UACUGACACCGCUACAACGUGUUUUUAUCGCUGGCUGUCCAGACGGAAGGUGCUGAAACGCUUUGUCGCGUGUCUGGAAGAAGUGAAAACUUUCCUGGGCAGCAAAGGGCUCACCUUUCCUGAGCUGGAACAGCCAGAGUGGCUGGAAAAGCUACACUUCAUGGUAGACAUGACAGCGCACCUGAACACGCUGAACACAGCUCUUCAGGGGAAAGGACGUACAGCCCUGCACAUGUUGGAGGAUGUUUUGGCAUUCGAGCGCAAGUUGACAGUGCUUGCCAGAGAUUUACAGAAAGGCACUUUGUCUCACUUCCCCAAUUUGAGAGAGUUCAAACAAGGUCACGACAUGAUAAUUUCGGAGUAUUUACAUUCUGCAAUCAUCGCAAUGCAAACAUCGUUUGGGAAACGCUUCUGUGAGUUCAGAGAGGAAAAAAACACAUUAUCCUUCCCGGUCACUCCCUUAAGCAUCGAUCCUUCCCUACUGAAUACGACUGCAUUGGCAGGUGUGAGUCAACCUGAUCUUGAGAUGGAACUGGCCGACAUAGCCGACAAAGACAUAUGGGUGUCCAAGUUUAGACGCUUGACAGCAGACCUUGAAGAUGUUGCCCGUCAGAAGGCCGUUCUUGCUCAGAAACACAAAUGGAGUGAUAUUGAAAACCUCACAGAUGACAGCUUGCGAUCCUGUGUAAAGAUGAAGGUGACAUCAUACAGCCCUGAUGUGCAGACGCUGUGCGCUGAGGUCCAGGAGCAGAAAUCCCAUUAACCAAGAUGACAGCUGGCUGACGUUAUUUUUGGUUUGCUGCUGGCGGAAAAUUUAAGUUCGGCGUUUUUCAUAAAUACAAGAAGGACUCAAAUAGACAUUGAAUAUUUUACUUAAAAGUAACUUUCAACCCAACGUCUUUUUUUCGGAGUUCAAAAUGUUUUUGUUGCAUGCAGAAAUGUAAUUUCGUUUUCUCUGCAGGAGUUCAUCAAUUUCAUAAAUGCAACACAUUAUAGUUUGUUUAUACAUAGCAUAAAGGCAAAAAAAACGUUGUAUGCAGUGUUAUUU